UUAACUUAUCUGGAAUUGUGUUGAAAAAACCCAGCACCUGUAGGCAUAAGAAUCUUUAAGCUGUUUUGGUUUUUAUCCCACUCACAUUCUUCAAUGCAAACUCCAAACUUGCAGCUUUUUUUGACUUCUGGGUGUUGCGGAUUUCGGUCAUGGGUAUGCUUUUUGCUUCUAAUCUUGGUAAAUUGUUGAUUGCUUGGGGUGAUUUAGAAGAAAGUUCUUAAAAAUGAAAAAGAUUUGAUUUUGGUGAUAAUUAGAUAUGUGAUUGGAUGAUUAAAAGAGACCCUUAAUUAUAUAUGAUGGUUAAUGUGUGAAUUCUGUGGUUAAUGAAACUACUUGUAAAUGAUGCUUUUUGCAAUGGAUUUAAGUGAUUUUAAGGAAUAUAUUACCAAGGUUUUGGUUAUGAGGUUUUCUGUUGAUUCUAGGAUGUUGGUUCAUGCACUUUCUACCUUGAAUUUGGUUACAGUCCUUACGGGUGUUUUUUCGAUAGCUAGAAAGUUUUAGUUGGUUGAUUGUAAUGAUAAUUUAGGAGAAUGCUAGGGUUGUUUAGGUCAGUGGCGAAAAAAGUUGAAGUUGGGGUUUUUUCAAUGUGAUUACAAUUAAGCUGAAAAAGUUUAGCAUAGUAAGACAUUCAACCUGGUUGAUAUAUAGCAUGGAGGAUAGAGUAAUUUUUGGUAUAGAGUUCUCGGGAUACUUAUGUCAAAGAGAUUGUCGCUUUAAUAGACAACGUCUCAAAUUCUAGCUGCUGCUUAAUUUGUGUAGAAUUCUGAUUUUUUAUGCUCUACUGGUAAAAAGUUUGAUCUUUUAACAAACGCAUGGAGAAGAAGUUGCUUACCUGUUUCGACUCUGAAGUUAGCAAGCUGAACAAGCCCAAAAUCCUACUAUCUGAGAAUGAGCAACGGCACAAAUAUCAACUGAAUGGCCAGAGAUUCAUUCAAAUACGUUCUUCUCCAUGAGGAAUACGACGCUACUGCUCCCUUUUUUGAUGUCCCUGCAGCUUUGAAGAAGGGGAAGAUUCCGGAACAUUUCAAUUUUCAUAAUCAAUGUGAGAAAUUGGAAGGUGAAGAAGGAGUAGAUGAGACGAGGAAGAGCAAGAGGAGGAGAGUGACCACUUCUAAUAUGCUGGAAGCAUUAGAAGAUGGUUCAGAUGUCAUUGUUGGAUCCAAUCAAUGGAGCUGGUUGACUAUUGACAGCGAGCCAAAUAGAUUUAUCGGUUUAGAAUGCAAGGUUUAUUGGCCUUUGGAUAAUGACCAGUACUAUGGCCGCAUUAUUGGGUACAAUCCAUCGACUGACAGAUAUCAUGUAAAAUACAAUGAUGGUGUUGAAGAACACCUUUGUCUGUCAUAUGAGAGAAUCUUGUUUUAUGUUUCUUCUGAAGAGAUGCAACAACUUAAUUUAAGUUGUGUUCAACAUCCAGAUGUUGGUAGCCAUGAUAUUGAUAACAUGGUUGCACUGAAGUAACUCCCAUACUCUACAGCUUUAUAUACUUAUGCAUGCAAAAAUAAGGGAUUGUAAUACCCAUUUUCAAUAAUCUCAAUCCUCCAAGUCACACCCGCCUCAGUUCAUUCUUCACUCAUCUCAUUUCUCUCUCUCUGAAAACCCCAACUUUCUCCAUCUGUCUAUCUGUUCCUUGCCAAUCCAUAUAAUCUAGAAUGAGCAAUGUCACAGAUAUCCAUGGAAUGGCCAGAGAUUCAGUCAAGUACAUUCCUCUCCAUGAGGAAUACAUGGCUACUGCUCCCCUUGUUGAUUCUAAUGGAGCUUCGAAGAAGAGGAAGAUUCCAGAAAAGAAUAUUGACAGGAAAGAUGUAGGAGAUGUAAUAUCAAAACAAUGGAGCUGGUUAACUAUUGACGGCGAGCCAGAUAGAUUUAUCGGUUUAGAAUGCAAGGUUUAUUGGCCUUUGGAUGAUGACUGGUACUAUGGCCGCUUUCUUGGGUACAAUCUAUCGACUAACAGGUCAGAUAUCAUGUAAAAUACAACGAUGGUGCCGAAGAGCACCUAUCUCUGUCAUAAGAGAUUCAUUUAUGUUUCUCCUGAAGAGAUGCAACAACUUAAUUUGAGUCGUGUUCAACAUCCAGAUGUAGAUAGCCGUGACACUGAUGACAUGGUUGCUUUGGCUGGCAUGCUAGAUCACCGUUCUCAGUUGAUAUAGAUGCUGCCUUUUUCUAUGUAUGAUGUAUCUUGCUUCUUACACUUGUUGGGGAAGAAAGUGUUUAUUCAGCAUGGAGACAGAAUUAAAUUACAAAUCGUGGCUUUAUUCAGUGUUUUAAACUUUUGAAUCGACAUUUACUUUCAGAUUAUACAUUUGGUUAUCAAAUUUUGUAGUCCACUAAACCUGAGUUCAUAAUUCAGUUCAGAUGUUUAUAAAUCACACAUUUACUUUUGA